UGGUAGGAAGAGGGCUGUGAUCAGAUUUGUAGCAUGCGUAUCGCUGUCAUGUAAGAGUCAGCGACCCAAGCUUUCUAAUUUUCGGUGCCGAUAGAAACCAGAGCUCCAUCUUUAAAGAUGCAUGAGAUGUCUUGAACUACGGAGAAUAGAGAUGGAGGCUCCGCCAGAGAAAGUGUUUCUGUGUCAGAGAGAAUGAAAGUAAGGGAGGGGAGAGGCUUGUGCAGAUGACAGUGUAUUUGUCAGUGGCAGUGAAGGCCCGAAGGCCUCCACCUGCUGAAUGAACCCCGUCAGUGUCGGGGAGUACCAUGGGCUGCGGGUGGGCUCAGCCGUGCUCAGCAUUGUGGCGGGCUGCAUCAUCAUUGGGGUGUCCAGGGAGUGUGACGCUGAUGCUGUAGGAGGGAUCUUCCUGGGAGCGGGAGGCCUUGGCCUGCUCAUAUCUAUCUAUCCCUUCAUAAAAGCCUGGCUGAACAUCAACCAUAUUCUUCCAUCUUUUGGAAACUUCCGAGUGCACCCCUCACCUGCUAAUCCUGCUCCCGAUCAACCUGUAGACACACUAAGAAGAGAAGGGACUCAGAGUCAACUCAAUCUGGAGCGUUCGAAGAGUCGAAUGGGAACCUUUGUGGAGGGCGGACCGAUGGCUGAGACCAACCCAGAGGAGGGGACUUCAGACAUGCCAGAUGUUUUAUCCAGACGAAAACUUAAGCAGCCGCCUUGUGAUCAAGACCUGCCAUGACGUCGUCACAUGACCUGACUGACCAAUAUUAUUCAACUUCCCCUGAACUUGUUGAGAUCACCUCACGGUAUUGUACUUAUGUGACCUAAUAAACAUCU